AAUAUGAUACAUGGUAUCCAAAAGAAGAACUGAGAGAAAUAAUUCAUAAUGUGAUUAAUAAGAUGAAAAACUUUGAGCAACAAAAUUCUGAAAAGUAUUUGAAAAUUGUUGAUAUUAUUAUUUUAUCAGAUUUAUAUUCUCAAAUGAUGAUUGCACAACAUAUGGGUAGAACUUGGUUCUGUGAUUAUUAUUUUAUCAGAUUUAUAUUUCCAAAUGAUGAUUGUUUAGAAAGAUAUCUUAUAGUCAAACUAAGCUAA